AGUUUAGACAAAGCCAACAGCUGGACAUCUGUGGUAAUUCUUACUAAAAUCCUCUAAGAGUUAAUAGCCCCAGGGGAGAGCCAGGCUCAGGGCAGAAGUCAGCACCGGCUUAAAAGGGCCCUGCAGCACGGCUUUGGCUGCUGGCUGGGUUGCGCACCUGCAGCCGUGCACUGGCCUUCCACUCUCUCCUCCAGAAGUUUGCACCCAGGUGUGCAAGGCCUCCUGGAGAGCUGGGGCGUCAGAGUCCCAAGCAUCUCCCCAGACGCUGGAAAUAUUGAUGAGUGUCGUGCAGCACGUGAGUCCUGAAGUGCAAGGGCAGAUGUGUAUGUGUGACCAGGAACCCCACUCGUGAUUCUGCGCAGACAAAAGCAAGAAACCUCCAUUAACAAAAUGAAGAUUCAGCUAAUCGUAUUUAUCCUAAUCAUUUGGACUGAAGCACUGGUGGAUCAGAGCCCAGUGCCAGGCCCUGAGUACGCGGAUGUGGUGUUUCUGGUGGACAGCUCGGAUCACCUGGGAACUAAGUCCUUUCCGUUGGUGAAAACGUUCAUCAACAAAGUAAUCAGUGGUCUUCCCAUAGAGGCCAGCAAGUACCGUGUGGCCCUGACCCAAUAUAGCGACACGCUCCACAACGAGUUCCACCUCAACACCUUCAGGAGCAGGAACCCCAUGUUGAACCACCUCAAGAAGAACUUCAGGUUCAUCGGCGGGCCCCUGAGGAUAGGAAAGGCUCUCCAGGAGGUCCACAAGACCUAUUUCUCUGCAUCUACAAAUGGAAGAGACAAGAAGCAGUUCCCCCCAGUUUUGGUGGUCCUGGCUUCAGCUGAGUCUGAGGACGACGUGGAAGAGGCCUCAAAGGCCCUGCGGAAAGAUGGAGUGAAAAUCAUCUCGGUGGGGAUGCAGGAGGCUUCUGAGGAAAACCUGAAGGCCAUGGCCACGUCUCAGUUUCAUUUCAACCUUCGGACAGCCAGAGACCUCAGCAUGUUUUCCCAAAAUAUGACGCAGAUCAUCAAGGAUGUGACCAAGCACAGGGAAGCAGUGAGUGCUGAUGAACAAGUGCCUUUUACUGUAUUCUGCCAGAAAGAUUCACUUGCUGACCUCGUGUUUCUGGUGGAUGUGUCACUUGGGACCAGACAAAAUUUAACGAAUCUGCAAGAUUUUCUGGACAACAUUACUGAAUCCUUGGAUGUGCAGGACAGCUGUACAAGGCUGGGACUGAUGAGUUACAGUGAUAGCACAGAGAUUCUUUCUCUUCUGAACUCAAGCACAAACCAAUCUAUAUUUCAGCAGCAAAUCAGGAAGCUUUCUCUCGGAGCUGGGAAGUCAAAUGCUGGGGCUGCCAUUGAGCAGAUGAGGAAAAACGUUUUCUCAGAAGCUAAUGGCAGCAGAAGGGCACAGGGGGUCCCUCAGAUUGCAGUUCUGGUUACCCACAGGCCCUCGGAUGAUGGGGUGCGUGAGGCUGCAUUGAACCUUCGGCUGGAGGGUGUGACUGUUUUUGUUCUGAGCACCCACGGGGCUAACAGCACUCAGUUAGAAGAAAUAGCAUCUUACCCCGAAGGACAGAGAGUUUCAAAGCUGGACUCCUAUAAAGACUUGGUUGUGUAUAGUACCAGGUUCCUGAAAAAGAUCAAGAAUGAAGUAUGGACACAAGUUUCUACUCAUGCUGAACAAAUGGAACUUGAUAAAACUGGCUGUGUGGAUACAAAGGAAGCUGAUAUCUAUUUCCUUAUUGAUGGCUCAUCCAGCAUCCAAGCAAAGCAUUUUGUGGAAAUCAAAGAGUUCAUUUCAGCCGUGAUUGAUAGGUUUAGCAUUGGUCCAAACAAAGUUCGAGUUGGAGUUGUGCAGUAUUCAAGUAAGCAGGAAGAAGAAAUUGCUAUCUCUCACUAUAAUAAUGCUGUGGACUUAAAAAAGGCUGUUCUUAACAUUCAGCAACUACAAGGUGGCACCUUGACUGGGGCUGGCCUGAACUUCACACUGUCACUCAUAAAGAAGGGAAAGGAGGACAGGGCAAGUGAUGUUCUUUGCUUCCUCAUCGUGCUGACUGAUGGGCAGUCCCAGGACAGUGUCCUGGAGCCUGUGGCAAGACUGAAGGCUGAAAAAGUUAUCAUUCAUGCAAUUGGCAUCGGAGAGGCUGACAAAACACAGCUGCUACAAAUAGCUGGGAAAGAAGACAGGGUUAGCUUUGGGCAGAACUUCGAUUCUUUAAAAAAUAUAAAAAAUGAUGUGGUUCACAGCAUCUGCACCCAAAAAGGAUGUGAAGACAUGAAAGCUGACAUCAUGUUCCUGGUGGAUAGUUCUGGGAGUAUAGGAUCUCCAAAUUUCGAGAUAAUGAAAACCUUCAUGAAAGACCUGUUGACUAAGAUUGAAAUCGGUGCAAACCAAACCCAGAUUGGUGUGGUUCAGUUCAGCAAUUACAACAAGGAAGAAUUUCAGCUUAACAAAUACUUCACGACAAAAGAAAUUUCGGAUGCAAUAGACACAAUGUCUCUCAUCGGUAGUACCACUCUGACUGGAAGUGCAUUAACCUUUGUAAGUCAGUAUUUUACCUACCCCAAGGGCGCCCGUCCCCAGGUCCGAAAGUUUCUCAUCCUCAUCACAGAUGGUGAAGCACAGGAUGAUGUGAAGUUUCCUGCAAUUGCUCUUCGGGAAAGUGGGGUGAUCAUCAUCACCGUGGGGGUAUUUGGUGCCAACAGGACUCAGCUGGAAGAGAUCAGUGGGGAUGGAAGCCUUGUUUUCCAUGUUGAGAACUUUGACCUCCUGAAAGCAAUAGAAAAUAAACUCAUCUUUAGUGUGUGUGCUCUGCAUGAUUGUAAAAGGAUUGAGCAGUUAGACAUUGUAUUUGUGCUGGAUCACUCUGGCAGCAUUGAUAGGGGGCAGCAAGAGAGCAUGAUCAACCUGACUGUCCACUUGGUGAAGAAAGCAGACGUUGGCAGGAACCGAGUUCAGUUUGGAGCUCUGAAAUACUCAGACGAUCCUGAGAUUCUUUUCUACCUUAACACAUACUCCACCCGCCCAGAAAUCACUGAGAAUCUGAGACGUCGCCGGGAUACUGGAGGGAAUACAUACACUGCCAAGGCUCUCAGACACUCCAGCAUCCUGUUCAGGGAGGAGCACGGCAGCCGCAUCAAGCAAAACGUGAAGCAGAUACUGAUCAUCAUCACCGAUGGGGUAUCCCAUGACCAUAACGAGCUCAGCAGUACAGCCCUGAAAUUAAGAGAAGAAGGCAUCACCAUCUUGGCAGUGGGUGUAGGGCAAGCCAACCAAGAGGAACUGGAGAUAAUGGCAGGGGAUAAAAACAAUACUAUCCAUGUGGACAAUUUUGACAAACUGAAAGAUAUUUACUUGCCUCUACAAGAAAGAAUGUGUAUCACUGCAACAGCAGCCUGUGACCUUCCGGAAGCUGAUGUGAUUUUCCUUUGUGAUGGCUCUGACGUGGUAACUGAUUCAGAGUUUGUUGCCAUGAUGACUUUCUUGUCAGAUUUAAUUGAUAGUUUUCAAAUGCAGCCUCAAAUGCAAAUUGGGAUGGCUCAGUAUGGGAGCCGCUACCAGGAAAUUAUAGAGUUGAAAAAUUCUCUGAAUAAGACCCAGUGGAAGUCAAAAGUUGAAACCGUUGCCAAGACCAAAGGGUUUCCACAAAUCCACAUAGCCCUCAAACAUGUGCUCCAUAUGUUUGAUCCGUCCAUUGGUGGGAGAAAAAAUGCUGGCGUUCCUCAGAUUUUGGUGGUUACUGUAUCCAGGAAUCCUGCUGGUAACGUGAUAGAUGCAGUAAAAGCCCUAAAAGCCCAUGGAAUUUGCAUCCUGGUUUUGGGCAUUGGUAAUGUUAAUAAAGAACAGCUUCUGCCAAUAUCUGGAAAUUCUGAAAAACUAAUCACCUUGUCAGACUUUAAUAGAUUAAGGGAUGUGGAUGUGAAAAAAAGAAUGGUUCGUGACAUCUGCCAGAGCUGUGGGAAAACCAGUUGCUUUGUGGAUGUAGUGGUUGGGUUUGACAUUUCCACUCACCUUCAGGGGCAGCCUUUGUUCCACGGCCACCCCCACUUGGAAUCGUACCUCCCCGGCAUCUUACAGGAUAUCACUUCCAUUAAGGGAGUGAGCUGUGGAGCAGGUGCAGAGUCACAGGUGAGCCUGGCCUUUAAGGUGGACAGUGAUGGUGAUUUCCCUGCCAAGUUCCAAAUCUACCAGAAAGCAGUGUUUGACAGCCUGCUGCAAGUCACCGUUAGUGGCCCAACCCAUCUGAAUGCACAGUUCUUACAGUCACUGUGGGAUACAUUUGAGAACAGAACUGCAUCCAAGGGACAGGUGAUGCUGAUCUUUUCAGAUGGUCUCCAGGGCGAAAGUAUCACCAUGCUUGAAAAUCAAUCAGACAAGCUGAGAGAAGCAGGUCUUGAUGCUCUGCUGGUGGUAGCGCUCAACCCAGCUGCUCAUGAUCAGUUUUCCAGCUUUGAAUUUGGAAAAGGCUUUGAUUAUAGGACUCACUUGACCCUUGGAAUGAGAGAAUUAGGCAGCAUGCUAUCAAAGUUCCUGGGAAAUAUUGCAGAGAGGACUUGUUGCUGUGCAUUUUGCAAAUGCCCGGGGAUUCUGGGACCUCAUGGAACCCAAGGAUUGCAAGGUCCCAAGGGUUCUCCAGGUCACAGAGGCAGCAGAGGACACAGGGGAGAAGACGGAGACCCUGGAAGAAGAGGAGAAAUUGGACCCGGAGGAGACAUAGGGAUUGUAGGAUGUCCAGGAGAGCAGGGUCAGAAGGGAGCCAAAGGAGCUUCCGGAUAUAAGGGAGAACCAGGUGACAGUGGUGUGGAUGGAAUCGAUGGGGAAGAGGGAUUACAUGGAUUUCCAGGGAAAAAAGGAGAAAAAGGUGAUCCAGGAUCUCAGGGCAACCCAGGCUCCAGAGGCCCCCCUGGGGAAGAAGGAGAAAACGGCUUCCCAGGGGACCCGGGUGAUCCAGGACAAAACAGUAACAUCAAAGGACAAAAGGGCUCCAAAGGAGAACAAGGAAGACAGGGUAGAACUGGACAGAAAGGGGAACAAGGCAGCCCUAGCUCCAGAGGAAGAAGGGGAAUGGAAGGCCCCAGAGGGCUCCAGGGGGCUUUGGGGGAGCCAGGAGAUCCUGGACCUCAAGGUGCACAGGGAGCUGAAGGAUUACAAGGCCCACAGGGGCUGAAUGGAAAUCCUGGCAGGAAAGGAGAGCAAGGCAGCCAGGGGCAGAAAGGACCUCAGGGUUCUUAUGGGAUAAUGGGACCUAAAGGAAGCAUCGGAAGACCUGGACCUUUGGGGAGAAAGGGGGAACCUGGAGUUCCUGGAGUCCCUGGGCCAGUGGGGCCACCUGGACAGCGCGGAAAGCAGGGAGAUUAUGGCACCCCAGGCUAUGGUCAUAUGGGACAUAAAGGAGUAAAGGGUCCAAGAGGAUUCCCUGGAGAUAUGGGGCAGAAGGGUGAAGCUGGUAAUCCUGGAAUUCCUGGGGAGAUUGGACCCAAAGGAUUUAGGGGGCUGACUCGCACUAUAGGCUUGAAAGGUGAAAGGGGCGGUCGUGGAUCUCAAGGUCCUCCUGGGCGGAGAGGUCCUAAAGGCAUGGCAGGAGAGCCUGUAUUUUCUCAAUGUGACCUGAUCCAGUUUGUGCGGAAACAUUCUUCUUGUUGGAAAGAAAAGUGUCCAGUAUACCCGACAGAGCUGGUUUUUGCCUUGGAUCAAUCCUCUGGUGUCACUGAAUGGAGAUUUAAUGAAAUGAGGGAAAUCAUUACUUCCAUUGUCAAGGACCUUAACGUCAGGGAAAAUAACUGUCCUGUGGGAGCAAGAGUUGUGGUGGUUUCCUACGACUCGGACACCAGCUAUCUCAUCCGUUCAUCUGAUUACCGUAGCAAGAAGCAGCUCCUCCAGCUUCUUUCCCAAAUAAAAUACCAAGUCCCCACGAGGGCCCGAGACAUUGGUAAUGCACUGAGGUUUGUGGCCCGCAAUGUUUUCAAGCGGAUGGAUGCAGGAGCCAAUGUGAGGAGAGUCGCUGUGUUUUUUAGCAAUGGUCAGUCAGCCAGCAGGUCAUCCAUUCUCACGGCCACCAUGGAGUUUAGUGCCCUGGAUAUCAGUCCAGCAGUUUUUGCUUUUAAUGAAAGAGAUUUCCUUGAUCAGGCUUUUGGGUUUGACAACACUGGAAUGUUUCAGGUGAUUCCAAUGCCUCCAGAUGGGGAAGACGAACAUUUAGAAAGACUGCGGCGCUGUACACUUUGCUAUGAUAAAUGCUUUCCAAAUACUUGUGCAGAAGAGAUUUUCUUACCUGAAGAUUCAUACAUGGACGUAGCCUUCCUUUUAGAUAAUUCUCAAUAUAUAGCAAAUGACGAUUUUAAGGCCCUGAAAAACUUUCUGAGCUCAGUAAUUGAUAAUUUUGACAUUGCUUCAAACCCUUUCAUCUCAGAGUCUGGUGAUAGGAUUGCUUUACUGAGCUAUUCUCCUUGGGAUAGAAGAAAGAAGGGUACGGUAAAAACAGAGUUUAACUUUACAACUUUUGACAACCAAGUACUAAUGAAGAACCACAUCCAGACUUCCCUCCAGCAGCUGACCGGAGAUGCCACCAUUGGUCAUGCCCUUCUCUGGACUAUAGAACAUCUCUUCCCAGAAACACCCAGCCUAAGAAAACACAAAGUCAUCUUUGUGGUCUCAGCCGGAGAAAAUCAUGAGACAAAGGAGUUUGUGAAGAAGGUGUUUCUGAGGGCCAAGUGUGAAGGCUAUGUCAUAUUUGUGAUUUCCCUGGGUUCUGAUGACAUGGAGGACUUAGCCAGUUAUCCACUUGAUCACCAUCUGAUACAGCUUGGGAGAAUGCACAAGCCAGAUCUGAGUUAUAUUGUGAAGUUCCUAAAGCCAUUCAUAUACUCAGUCAGACGAGGAUUCAGUCAGUACCCACCGCCCAUACUGGAGGAGGCCUGCAGGUUCGUUGAUGUAGAAGAGGAUCAGACCAGCGGCAUAGAAUUUGCUGCUGAGUUGUACAAGGUUUCUGCAGACAUGAACAGGCUCAUUAACCAGGAACUAAGUGCUGGGCAAGAUUCAUCUUUUGUAUUGGAGGACGGUGGAAAUGACCAUUUGGUUUACAUCCCAAGCCAAAUGUUAGGGCCACAUACAUUAGUGGUUAACUAUGAAAAAGAUCAGGAGUCCACAGAAACUGCAAGUCUCACUUCUGGAUAUGAAAAUCAUGGCAGGACAGAAAAACCAGUUCGGAUUUAUGAACCAGGAGACGCCUCUCUUCCAGGAUAUUACAUGGAUGUGGCCUUCCUUAUAGAUGCUUCCCAAAGAAUAGGGCAUGAUGAGUUUAAGGACGUAAAAACUUUGGUAGCCUCUGUUCUUGAUUACUUUCACAUUACCCCAGAUCCACUGACUUCCGCUUUAGGGGACAGAGUGGCUGUCCUGACCUACUCUCCCCCAGGGUAUCUGCCUGACACUGAAGAAUGCCCGGUCUACCUGGAAUUUGAUUUGAUUACUUAUAGCAAUAAACAUCAAAUGAAACAUCACCUCCACCACUCUCUUCAACAGCUCAAUGGAGAUGUUUUUACUGGCCAUGCCCUGCAGUGGACAAUUGAUAAUGUCUUUGUAGGGACCCCUAAUCCAAGGAAAAACAAAGUUAUCUUUAUAAUAUCUGCUGGUGAAACCAAUCCUUUGGACAAAGAAAUCUUAAAGAAUGUAUCUCUGAGAGCCAAGUGUCAAGGUUAUUCCAUAUUUGUGUUUUCAUUUGGUCCUCUACACAAUGACAAGGAAUUAGAAGAAUUAGCUAGCCACCCCUUGGAUCAUCACUUAGUCCAACUUGGCCGGACCCACAAGCCAAAUUUGGACUAUAUCAUCAAGUUCAUCAAGCCAUUUGUUCAUUUAAUUAGACGUGCUAUCAACAAAUAUCCCAGCAAUGAUCUGAAAGCCAAGUGCACUAACAUCACCUUUCCCAGCCCAGAGCAUGCUGGCACAGAAAGCACUAUAUUACUUAUUCCUGAGGUGUACGAAAUAGAGACAGCGGACAGUAACCUCUUUAGUCACGUUGGUUCCCAGGAGCAACAUUCCUCUGAAUUAGGGAACAACAAUAAUAAUUCUGCUGAUGACUUGAUUCAGAAGUUAUACCUGCUCUUUUCAACUGGGGAAGUGAUGGUGAAUGACAAGGAGGAGGCAGCUUCAAAAGAAACGAUAGCUUCAGGAAAUGAUAAGCAACAAGGAAAGAAAGGUGACAUAUGAAAGAGUAGACUCUCGAAGGGACAUUCUAAGCAAAUACAAUGACAUUAGGAGAAGUGCGCAUCGUUAUGUUUUGAAGACUAUGAAGCCCCAAGAUAAUCUCAGGGGAAGAACAGAUUACCCACCUCCCCCGUGUGGUUCUAAUGAGAAAAGCUCCAUCUGUGACAGUGGUCAGCGGCCAGACUUCUUCAUGCAAACAGCUGAAUGAGUUUGCUAAAGUUUGCUCUUGGUCUCAGAUUUGCAGGAAAAAAUUUCUGGGUAAAGACAUCAAUGAAUGGAUCUAAGCAACUGGGAAUGAUUUCAUUUUUCCCAAGAACUGGGAAAACCAAACUUGAAGCAUUAACUGAAUCUUUUUUUGGUAUCUCUGUUUAUGAAUUUUCAGCAACUUUGAUGAUGUAGCUGUCUAAAAAAAAGGUUUUGUCAUAAUUCCCAUCACAUACCUAUCUCUGAUUGGAUUCCUGAAUAAAAAGAAUUUAAAAUUAGAA